AUGGAGAAACUCCCCACCAUUAUUCUUCCGGAGGGAGAGGUCGCUUCGCCGAGUCCCAGAGCAGCGGUCUCUCUGGGUUCUUUAGAGAAGGUGCAUACGAGCACUAAGAGUUCGUUGCUGCGUCUAGGGGGCAUCCGGAUGCGUUGCGAGAGCCCUCAGCAGCUGGUCGAUGAGUUUUACGUAAAGCGGCUAGGGAUGCAGGAGCUGUUGCUGAGUUCCACAGGGGGAUCGAGACUGGGGGGCGGCGGGCGUUUGGAGUUCUGCCUUGCUCUUCCGCCGCGGCAGCAUCUGCACCAACUACUUCAUCAGCUUUCUCUGCGGUCACAACACCGCCGCAGCAGCCGCUCAAGCAGCCGCACAGAUCUUGGGGCCACCGCGGAGGGGGAGGACGGAGGGGGAAACAGCAGCGGGAAGCUCUCUCUGCUGGGGCAGGAAGCGUUAAACCGUAGCGGAGCCAGCAGCAGACGCAGCAGCUUUGGCAGCCAGAGUUCAGCUCGCCAUAAUAGCCUGACGUCAUCCGUACCCUCCUCCCCUAACCGGUUCGCGGCCUUCGAGUUUUUCACCCCUGCCGAAGUCGAAGGCGCCGUAGCGGAGGCCACAGAUGCCACUGCUAAUCCUGCAUCAGCGAACAUAAAACCCAAGAGUUGGUUGCGGCAUGUGGGGGGUCAGUUUGUAUUGGAGUUCGUGCCGGUGCAGAAGGCGGGGGCCAAAUGUAAGGCCUAUGAACACCGCGGCUCCGACGCCUUCAGUCAUCUCUCCUUCACCGUUUGUGACGUAGAUACAAUGGCGGUGGAUUUGUCUCAACACAUGGUCCGCGUUGACCCAGCGGGGCAGUUUCUGGAUAUGGCCUACGCUGCAGGCUUUACAGACCCGCAGAACUUCACGUUGACCCAGCGGGGCAGUUUCUGGAUAUGGCCUACGCUGCAGGCUUUACAGACCCGCAGAACUUCAGGGGUCGCCUUCUACAAUACUUGA